CUUCGAUGUGACGUUUAACUACGGCGCGCUGGUUGUUAACAGAGCCGGAAGUGCUCAGUCACGUUUAACAACAACUGCUAGGAGAGUUUGUUGUUGAGUUUUGUGCUUGUGAGAUGAAUUUAUAUGUCAUGCUGAGUGUGUUAAAUGUAAUAUUACCAAUGGACCGUUUAUUGGUCAUUCGCUAGCGUUGUACUCAGUGCCUCUCCAACGCUAUCUGGUGCUGCUAGCAGACUAGCUAACCACGGACUAAUGGCAGAGAGAGUAUAGUAACAACACGCCUCUCUGUAUGUUUCAAAAAUAGUCAUACAAACAAAUUCAUAUGUUCGUUUUGACAAAUCUGAAGUCAAAAUGUCAGUGGAGCUUGACGUGUUUGUGGGAAACACCACCAUCAUGGACAAGGAGGUAUACCAGCUAUGGCUGAAUGGAUAUACAGUGAAUGAUGCCGUAAAAGUGCGGAUCGAGGGAGGCGUGAUGGAGGAGUGUGAGGCCAGUGCUGAAGUCCUUCUCAGUGACACUAUGGACCAGUUCCGAACCUUCCAGAUGUGUGAGAGGCUUCUGCAAAAUCCAGCCAAACUAGCUAACCAGCUUCUCUUCCAGAUUCCACCAGAUCGACAAGCCAUGCUGAUUGAGAGAUAUUAUGCUUUUGAUGAUGAUGUUGUUCGUGAAGUCCUUGGAAAGAAACUCUCCAAAGGGACAAAAAAAGAUCUGGAUGAUGUUAGUGCAAAGACUGGCAUUACACUGAAGAGCUGCAGACGACAGUUUGACAAUUUCAAGCGAGUAUUCAAAGUGGUGGAAGAGCUCAAGGGCCCCCUGGUGGAAAACAUAAAGCAACACUUUCUGCUCCCUGACCAGCUAGCAAGGGAUUAUGCUGCCAUUGUGUUCUUUGCCAACAAUCGCUUCGAGACAGGGAAGAAGAAGCUUCAGUAUCUCACCUUUCAGGACUUCGCCUUUUGUGCCGGGCAGCUGAUCAACAAUUGGACUGUUGGAGCUGUUGAUAACAUGGUGGAAGACAUGGACGUGGAUCUAGACAAAGAGUUUCUUCAAGACCUCAAAGAUCUCAAAAUUUUAAUUACAGACAAGGAUCUUUUGGACCAGCACAAAAGUCUAGUAUGUGUCGCUCUGCGGGGAAAGACCAAAGUCUUCAAUGAGAUGGAAGCCAAUUUUAAGAAUCUCUCCCGAGGCCUUGUCAAUAUUGCUGCCAAAUUAACAAACACAAAGGAUGUCCGUGAUUUCUUCAUCGAUCUUGUAGAAAAGUUUAUUGAGCCUUGCAAGUCAGACAAAUGGACCGCUACAGAUGUUAACCUCUACCUCACCCACUACACAAACUCAGCACACAUAUUGGAUACUUUCAAGCACCAGACUGUCUGGACUAGGUAUAUGGGAGUUAUCAAAAGCUGCAUCCUCAGAAUGUAUCACGAGUGAAGAAUAGCAUUUUUCCAUUCUUUUUUUUGCUGUUCUUCUCCCUUAAUCAAAACUGCUUUGGAUUCAGCCCAGCCUGCUCACCUUUUGGCCCUAUCUUUAUUUAAAUCCCCUGUUUAUCAUUUUCCUCCUUUAAUCCUUACCCAAAUAUCUCCCGCCAACAGCUGGCCAUCUCCAGGCCUCCCUCCCCCAUUCUCCUUUAUCCUCAGUUCAUUCUUUCACCCCUUGGCUGCUGUCAAUCCCAGGAUGAUUUGUAAAUAAACUGAGCAUGAUCUCUA